CGGGCGGUGGCGCGGGCGGUUAAGCGGAGGGCUGCAUCUCCACAGGGAACGCAAGAUGAGGAAGAAGUGCGUCUUUUUGCUUUAAUUGUAGGAAAGGAUUAUAAUAGUCAACAAGCAUGCAAAGAAAGAUUAAAAAAACACUGUGAUGAAUUAAAUGAUGCAAACCUAAAUGCAGAAGAAAUACAUGGGAAAUUAAAAGACUUAUGUGAUAAUAAAAAAUCACAAGAGAAGUGUCAAAAUCUAAAAAGUAAACUUCAAAAUGAAUGUGACACGUUUAAAACACCUCUUAGUGAUGCAGUCAAAAAAGGUAUCUCAAAAUUAGAAGACAGUGAUUGUGCAAAUGAGAAAAAAUGUGUGUUUUUAGAAGGAGCAUGCCUUACACUUGCAGAAGAUUGUAACAAGCUAAGAAAUUUAUGUUAUCAAAAGGAACGUAAUAAAGUAGCAGAAAAGGCUCUUUCAAGAGUGCUUAAUGGAAAUUUUCAAACGAAUGUGUGCAAAGAAAAGCUUAAAAAAGCAUGCAUAGAGUUGAGAGAAGAAAGCGAUGAGUUGUUGAAGCUUUGUCUUUACCAGGAUGAGACAUGCAAAAAGAUAGAGAAAGAAGAAAAAAAUAACUGUCAGUCUUUAAAAACAGAAAUUGAUGGAUUAAAGUCCAAAUUGAAAGAAAAAUGUCCAUCAUUACUUGAACGAUGUCAUUUUUAUGGAGAGAAUUGUAAAAAAUCAACUAAACCAGAUUGCGAAAAGCUCAUAAAGAACUGUAAAGCUAAAAAUGUCACCUACAUAGCACCUAACCUUGAUUUUGAUCCUAUAAAACCUGAAACCACAUUGACUGAAAAAAUAGAUCUAAAAAAUCUCUAUGAAAAGGCAGCAAUGAAGGGAAUUCAUAUUGGAAAACCACCAGCAAGAGACGAGACUGCUCUGCUAGCACUGUUAAUUCAAGAUUCGACACACUCUGGCAACAGUAAAGAUAAAUGCGAGGAUGUAUUCAAAAAGAAUUGUAAGAGUUUUAAAGAUUAUAAAACUUUAAAAGGCCUUUGUGAUGGGGAUAAGGCAAAUGAAAAUGGAACCAAAAUCUGUAAGGAAUUAGAAAAAGAAUUAUCAGAGAGCGCUCAAAUAGUUUCUAAAAAGAUAAAAAAACAUCUCUUAACGAGUACUCCAAACAAUAUUAUUGGCUGGUAUGAAUUAAAAACAUUCCUUACAGAAAGAGAUUGUACAAGAUUAUUAUCAGACUGUUUUUAUUUUAAGGGUCAAGGUCCUCUUGACAAAGAAUGUGAUAACCUAAAAGCAGCGUGUUAUAAAAAAGGGCUUGAAGCAGUAGCAAAUGAAGCAUUACAAAACAAAUUGCGAGGAAAAUUGCAAGGUUUGAAUGAAACAUGGCUUAAGAAUCUUCGAAAAGACUUGGUAAAAGUCUGUGAAAAAAAGAAAAGAGAAAGUGAUCAGUUAUUUGUACUAUGUAUGGACCCAAUAAAAACAGCUCUUAAAGUGUCAACAGAUUUGCGAAUGAGAGCACUUGCUUUGCAAGAACAUUUGAACGAGAAACGAGAUUUUCCAACGGAAAAGGAUUGUAAAGAAUUAGAAGAAAAAUGUGAGGUCUUAGGAAAAGAUUCAAAAGAAAUUAAAUGGUCAUGUUAUACGUUAAAACAGCAUUGCAAUCGACUGGAGAGCAUAGAGCAGUUAGAAGAGGAGUUGCUAAAAGAAAAUAAAGGAUAUCUAAAAGAUGAAAAUAGCUGUAAAGAAGAAGCUAAGAAACGAUGUGAAAAAUGGUUUAGAAGAGAAAAUAGUAAAUUUUUUCCGGCAUGUUCUGACUUGGAGCUUGUUUGCAAAAAGAUCAUUAGAAAUGUUGAAUCUAAAUGUAAUAUAUUGAAAGGAUAUAUGGAGACUAUGAAAAUUGUAGACAAAAUAGAGAAUAAAGAGGAAGAAGUAUGUGGAUUAUGGGCACCAUAUUGUCAAAAGUUUGUCCCGAACUGUGAUGAUCUUAAGGAAAAUGGAGGGAAAGAUGGGCAAUGCAAACAACUCAAUGAAAAAUGUGAGUCAUUCCUUAAAAAAGAAGCUUUAGAAAACAAAGUUGCAGAAGAAUUGAAAGGUAGUUUAUCAAACGUAGGAGAAUGUAACAAUACACUUAAUAUAUACUGUACACAAUUGAAAAAGGCAGAGAAUGGGUUGGAAACUUUGUGCAAAAGCAAAGAAAACACCAAGAGUGACAUUAAAGUUAGAGAAGAACUCUGUGAAAAGCUAAUAAAACGUAUAAAAGAAAAAUGCUCAAAAUUGAAGGACGAGCUUGAAGAAGUAAAAGAGGUCUUAGAAAAGAAAGAAGAAAAGUAUAAAAAAAUUAAAGAAGAAGCAGAAAAAGCCAUGGAAGAUGCAAACCUUAUUUUAUCGAGAGCGAAAGGACCUGAUAAUAAUAAUAAUAAGUCAGUAAAUAAAGACUCAUCUGAUACACCUAAGGAAGGAAAAGGCACAACAGGAUUUAAACUUGUAAGAAGAAAUGCAAAAGUGCAUGUAACAGAAAAAGAAUUAGCAGCAUUUGAUUUGGUAGCAAGAGCAUUUGAUCUCUAUCUAGAAUUGAAAGAAAUAUGUAAUCAUUCACUGAAGAAUUGUGGUUUCAAAAAAGAGUGUGACUGUGAGGAUCCAUGUAAAAAGAUACAGGGAAUAUGUUCAACAUUAGAGCCACUAAAAGUGAGACCACACGAAAUAGUAACUAAAAACAUAACAACUACAACCACAACCACCACCACAACUACCAUUAAAGACGCAAAGGCAACAGAGUGCCAGUCUCUGCAAACGACAGACACAUGGGUCACAAAGACGUCGACACACACCAGCACCUCUACGACUACGUCCACAGUUACGUCAAGAAUAACACUCACCUCGACGAGGCGGUGUAAGCCUACGAAGUGUACGACAGGAGAGGAAGAUGAUGCAGGAGAGGUGAAACCGAGUGAAGGGUUGAGGAUGAGUGGGUGGAGUGUGAUGAGGGGGGUGUUAUUAGCAAUGAUGAUUUCAUUCAUGAUUUAG